AUGGCGCCAAAACUACUGCUCAUUUCCCUUGUUGUGAUCCUCUGUCUUUCUUCAACAUGCACUGCUUCGACCUACCUGGUCGGGGGCACCUCCGGUUGGGAUAUCAGCACUAAUCUUGAUUCAUGGACGACGGAUAAACAGUUCAAUGUGGGCGAUGUUCUUGUUUUUCUGUAUUCAUCGACGCAUAGUGUUUGGAAGGUAAACAAAGAAAAGUACCAGUCGUGCAGUAGGAAAAAUGUAGAGGAAUCAAGUGGCAAGGGGAAUACAUCGUUUACUCUGACAGAGCCGGGAGAGACCUACUUUAUUUGCGGUAACAAGUUACAUUGUCUGGGAGGAAUGAAAAUUCAGGUGACUGCUUUAGGAGAAGCUCCAACACAAUCUCCAGCAGCAGCUCCGAUGAUGAGUGCUCAGGCCCCGGAGUCUGGUGGAGGAGUGUCGAGUCUUCCUCGGCCACUGUCGAAGAAUAUUAAUAAACCUGGGAAUGUUGUUCCUAGUUCAGCAGCCAUGUUUAAUCAUUUUACGAUAUCAGAGUACUUGUCCAUUGGCUUGUUUGGUUUUCUGCAUAGUGGCUCUACUGUGCUCUCCAGUCCCACCUCGGCUAUAUUCCUACUACUCACUGAACGACCAAGAAUUCCUGGAUUAUACUAUGUCAUUGAGGUAGAUGGAGAGAAGCGGGAUCUACCUGCCUACCUCCCUUAA